UAUUAUGUCUGAAGAAGUUUUCAGCACAACUUUAGCAUAUACGAAGAGUCCAAAAGUUACCAAAAGAACUACUUUCCAGGAUGAACUAAUAAGAGCAAUUACAGCUCGCUCGGCCAGACAGAGGAGUUCUGAAUACUCAGAUGAUUUUGACAGUGACGAGAUUGUUUCCUUAGGUGAUUUUUCUGAUACCUCAAUAGAUGAAAAUUCAGUUAGGAAAAAAAUGAUAGAUUUCCAUUUAUCAGAUGAUGAGGUGAAUUCUCCAAGAUUGUCUUUUUUGAAAACCAAGAAAUCAAACAGUGACAUAGCCGAAGAUGAACCAGAAUUUGUGAUCAAGAACAAUGAAGAAAUGAUGCCUGAUGGUUGUGAUGAUAUGGUUGUAAAUUCCUUAUCCAAGUCUCCAAGUAAAGAUCAAGAAGUUGAAAAACAUGGAGUUAAAAUUAAACCUAGACCCAGAAUUCUACCAAUCAAAAGCACACCUUCAGGUAAUUCCAGCAGCCUUGAAACAGAUGACCACUUUAAACCUUUGCCUCGGCCAAGAAGCAUGUUAAAAAAGAAUGGCCUCACAGAGGAGAAAGAAAGACUAGGUGAAGAUAAAGAAACUGCCCUGAGUGAAAACUUAGAUUCUGCACCUCCUUCCCUUGCACGGCUGAAUGGCAGACAAUUGAAAGCUGAGAAAAGAGCAUUAGCUGAACACCUUGACCUCAAGGAUCCAUUGUUAAAAAGUCUGUCAUUAUCAUCUCUUAAAGAAAGUCUUAGAAAUUCCUUUUCACCAGGAUCUGGGGAAGAAGCAUCCAUAAAAGAUCAGGAUGAAGACCUUAUUGAGCAUUGUAGUUCUUUGAAAUCAAAUGAAAAUGAAGAGAGUUCAGUUUUAACAGACUGUGUUAUUCCUGAACUUGAAAAACCCAAGGAAAGUGAAGUGGCUGCUAAUGACCUUGAAGAAGAAAAGAAGGCUAGACAGAGGUCAAAUGAUGAUUCAUUACUAUCAAAAUCUCAGAGUAUCUUAAUACUCACUGAUGCAAUGGAAUCUGCAAAGAAAACAAAUGAAGAUAGAGAAAUGAAGACUAAAAAGUUGACAAGUAAUAGAGUAUCCAGUGCAUCCGGCAGAUUAAUGACCUCUGAGUUUUUAAAGAAACCCAGUUCUGUAAGGAGAACUCCAUCGACAACUACCUCUUCUCACUAUUUAGGAACUUUGAAAGUGUUGGACCAGAAGCCUUCACAGAAGCAGAGCUCAGAGCCUGACAGGGCAGAUCACAUAAGGGCAGCUGUCUACCAGGAGUGGUUAGAAAAGAAAAAUAUGUAUUUACAUGAAAUUCACAGAAUAAAAAGGAUUGAAAGUGAAAACUUAAGAAUCCAAAAUGAACAGAAAAGAGCUGCUAAGAGAGAAGAAGCAUUAGCAUCAUUUGAGGCCUGGAAAGCAAUGAAAGAAAAGGAAGCAAAGAAAAUAGCUGCAAAAAAGAGACUUGAGGAAAAAAGCAAGAAGAAAACUGAAGAAGAAAAUGCUGUGAGAAAAGGAGAAGCACUACAAGCUUUUGAAAAAUGGAAAGAGAAAAAGAUGGAAUAUCUUAAAGAAAAAAAUAAAAAGGAGAAAGAAUAUGAAAGAGCAAAGAAACAGAGAGAAGAAGAAACUGUUGCUGAGAAAAAGAAAGAGAACUUAAGUGCUAUCCAAAAAUGGAAUGAAAAAAAGGAAGCUUUUUUUAAGCAAAAGGAAAAAGAGAAAAUAAAUGAGAAGAGAAAGGAAGAACUGAAAAAAGCUGAGAAGAAAGAUAAAGAUAAGCAAGCCAUCAAUGAAUAUGCAAAAUGGCUGGAAAAGAAAGAAAGGCAGGAAAGAGUCGAACGAAAACAGAAGAAACAGCAUUCCUUUCUUGAAAAUGAGGCACUUCCUCCAUGGAGCCCUCCACGCAGAACUAUGCUUUCAAAAGUGUUUUGAUAAUUCUAAUU